AUGACAGCCCAAGAGGAGAUUGAACACUUAAAAACGACAAAAGUCGUCGGUAUAAUAGGUCUAGGCGACAUGGGUGCCAUGUACGCAGACCGAUUUUCCGCUGCUGGCUGGAAAGUUGUAGGCUCUGAUCGUGAAGAUAAGUAUGAGGAAACCAAAAGAAAGUAUGCCUCCAAUGCGUUUGAGGUUCUUCCCACCGGCCAUCACGUCUCCCGCAUAGCAGACUACAUUAUUUACAGUGUGGAGGCUGAGAAUAUCGGCAAGAUCGUUCUGACUUAUGGUCCCUCGACCAAAAUGGGAGCUAUUGUUGGAGGUCAAACAUCGUGUAAGGCCCCCGAAAUUGCAGCGUUCGAAACUUAUGUUCCUUCUGAUGUUGAUAUAAUAUCGUUGCAUUCUCUCCACGGACCUAAAGUUGAUACAACUGGCCAACCCUUAGUGCUCGUAAGACAUAAAGCUUCCGACGAAAGCUUCUUCUUCGUGAAGAGUCUAGUCUCGUGUCUCCAGUCUAAAACUGUCUGCCUCACUGCUAAGGAGCAUGACCGAAUUACUGCAGACACCCAGGCUGUCACUCACGCCGCAUUCCUCUCGAUGGGUGUUGCUUGGAAAGAAAGUAAUCAGUACCCUUGGGAGACACCCAGAUGGAUUGGAGGAAUCGAGAAUGCAAAGAUCAACAUCUCAUUGCGUAUCUAUGCUAAUAAGUGGCACGUAUAUGCGGGUUUGGCAAUUACAAAUCCUUCUGCCCACGAACAAGUCUUGCAAUACGCUAAAUCUGCAACCGAGUUGUUCACCAUGAUGAUUCAAGGCAACAAAAAAGAUCUUCAGGAGCGUCUAGAAGCAGCCCGCAGAUUUGUUUUCCACCAUAACCCACACCACGACUCUCUUCUUCUCGACGACACAAUUCUAGAAGAGUUUUCCCUUGGAAAAGGCCCACCAAAUUCAGAAUUGCAGCCCAACUCCCAUCUCUCUCUACUUGCAAUUGUCGACAGUUGGUUUAAGCUCGGGAUUAUUCCUUACGAUCACAUCAUUUGCUCAACACCUCUCUUUCGUAUAUUCUUGGGUGUGAGUGAGUAUCUUUUUUGCACACCAGGGUUAUUAGAAAGGUGUAUAGAUGUCGCUGUAAGCGAUCCUUCGUUCAGGGCAGACGACUUGGAGUUCACUUUCGCCGCGCGUAGGUGGGCAGAUAUUAUCUCCAGAGGAGACUACAGAUUGUAUGAGAAGACAUUCACUGACACUCAAAGAUUCUUCCAGCCUAAGAUUGCCGAGGCAAAUGCUGUCGGAAAUAAGAUGAUCAAAACCAUUCUUCUGCGGGUCAAAGAAAGAGAAGCAAGUCAAAACGCCUAG